AGAAAAAAUUGGAUCAUGAUGUUGGACUCGCUUUUAUUUGUUGCAAUGUUGAAUCCAAUUCCCUAUCACUACCCACAUGGGUCAUUUUGCAGGAUUCAGAAUUCGCUCAAGGAGAGGUUAAUCACUGAGGAUGAUUUCCCAUGGAAGCUACCCAUACCUGGAAGCACAUCCACCGGUAAAGAAGAUGAUCAAGCGGUCUUGAAGUAUAUUGGUGGUGUUGAUGUGAGUUGCUUAAAGGAAGACCAAUCAAUUGCAUGCGGGACACUCGUUGUUUUGGAUUUUCGCACUAGCAAAGUGGUGUACCAAGAGUCUGCUCAUGUCAGGCUUGAUGUUCCUUAUAUUGCUGACUUCCUUGCAUUCAGAGAGGCUCCAGUACUUCUACAGCUUCUUGAAAAGAUGAGAAAUAAUAACAAUCCUUACUACCCUCAGUUAGUAAUGGUUGAUGGCAAUGGGAUACUUCAUACUCGAGGCUUUGGCAUGGCUUGUCAUCUAGGCGUUCUGGCCAAUCUUCCUACUAUUGGGAUUGGAAAGAAACUGCGUGCCGUAGAUGGGCUUACUGUUUCUGGAGUGAAAAAAUGUCUUCAAGCCAAAGUAAAAAGUGGUGAAAAUUUUAUUAUUUUGAAAGGACGCUCUGGGCUCAUAUAUGGAGCGGCAAUGAGGUCAACUGAGGGUUCUGUGAAACCUAUAUUUAUUUCGAUUGGUCACCGUAUAUCACUUGAUACUGCAAUUGAAAUUGUUAAAAUGACUUGCCAGUAUCGUGUGCCAGAGCCUAUACGACAGGCUGAUAAAAGAUCCAGGGGUUAUGUUCAGAAGCCUCAACAAAUAUUGAAAAAAUUUAAUUGUUUGAAUUUGGAACCAAGUGUAUCUUGGAAAACUAUCACUGGCAAUCAUAUCUUCAAUCACUUGAAAGAGAACAAUAACCAAGUGCGGAAUGGCUUAGCUGUAAUGGGGCAACGUACAUCCCAAGGAAGAGGUAGAGUUCAAGGGAGAGGAGCGGGACUGGGAAAAGGUAGAUGGGAAGAUAGAGGACAAGUUGAAAAGGAAGGGAAAGGACAAAGAAAGCAAGAAAGAGGGCAUAUCCAGGAAAGAAGGAAAGGACAGUCAAAUUGGAGAGGAUAUGGUUAUGGUAGGGGUACGGGGCCUACAAGCAGAGGAAAAGGGAUAGGGCAAGGUAGAGGAAGAGGGGUAAGAAUUCUUUUGCCUCUUUGGAACAUUAAUUUCAUUUCAAUUUCCACCCUUGCCUUAGGGAUCUUUGAAAAUGGCUUUGGUUUAUACUGCAGGGCAAAUGGGUAAACAAUUGUGAGCAUGUAUGGAUACGAAAGGAGUAGCAUCAUGAAGGAUUGAAAAAAGAUACAAUUCUAACGUUAUGUUUGGACACAUGCUUUGCUAUUUAAUAAAAGGUUCUUAAUGAUGAAAUGCAGGGAUAGCUUUAACGCCUCGAAUUGAAAUGCUGUUGUUUUUGGAUUCAAGAGCUGGAAUUGCAGGGAGAAGGAGAGGGAGAGAAGGAGGAGGGGGUGGGGUGGUGUGGGGUGUGUUGGGUAGGGAGAGCGGGAAUUCAAAGAAGAUUGUUCCUUGCACAAGAUCUGCAACACUCUUUCUUUUUGAUGUUCAUCUGGCUAUCUGUGGCAUAUUUUGUAUAUUUUUCCCGCCUGCAGUUGUAAAGAAGUUGGAAUUCUUGAAACUUAUAACAAUGUAUUAGAAAAAAUCCAGGUUGAUGUGUAAUGGUCUGAUUGAGUGCUGUAAUGAAGAGCUUAUAUUGGGAGACGAGUUUGGCAGUGCAAUUAAAGAGAAUUAUAUAUUGUUGCAGUA